AUGGCUGUGGAGUUGAUGCCAGGAUAUAGAACCGCCGGCGCCGGAUAUACGUCAAAAAUGGAAGAACACGCGGCCCAAGAAGCGGCGGCGGCCGGGCUGCAAAGCGUGGAGAAGCUAAUCAGAUUAAUGUCUCAACCCCAAAACAAGCAAAGUUUUCAAGAAUCAUCGUCUUCAAAACCCAUAAACACAGAAUACCAAGCGGUUGCCGAUGUGGCGGUGAACAAAUUCAAGAAAUUUAUUUCAUUGCUCGACCACAACCGGACCGGCCACGCCAGGUUCCGGCGAGGCCCGGUUAGUAAUCAUCAGCAGAAAAUCAAAAAAGGAUCUGAUACAGAACCGGUCGGAAUACUGCAGAAUCAGCCCACAAUUCCACAAAAUGUUUGUGAAGUGAAGGAAAAAAAUAGUCCGACCGGAAGAAUUUAUUGUCCGACGCCGAUUCAGAGGCUUCCGCCGAUUCAGCAUCACCAUCAAUUGUCCAGGAACGGAUCGAUGGAGAGGAAAGAAUCGUCGACCACCAUAAAUUUUGCUUCGCCUGCGAAUUCAUUUAUGUCGUCGUUGACUGGCCACACCGAAAGCUUGCAGCCUUCGAUGUCGUCGUGUUUUCAGAUCACCAACCUUUCACAGGUGUCGUCCGCUGGCCGGCCGCCUCUAUCUACGUCCUCGUUUAAGCGGAAGUGCAGCUCGAUGGAUGACUCGAAUGUUAAGUGUGGUGGUGGGUCGUCCAGCUCUCGUUGCCAUUGUCCCAAGAAAAGAAAAUCAAGGGUGAAGAGAGUCGUUAAAAUGCCCGCGAUAAGCAUGAAGAUGUCGGACAUUCCACCCGACGAGUACUCAUGGAGAAAGUAUGGUCAAAAGCCAAUCAAAGGUUCCCCUCAUCCUAGGGGAUAUUACAAGUGUAGUAGUGUAAGAGGAUGCCCGGCUCGUAAGCAUGUUGAAAGGUCAUUGGAUGAUCCAUCGAUGCUAAUUGUCACCUACGAGGGAGAGCAUAAUCACGUGCAGUCGAGUGCACAAACACCGGCAGCUCUAGUUAUGGAAUAA